CCAGCUCUGCUCGCCUGACCUGGAACAGUUAGACAAGGUCUCGGAUGCGUUGAAUACUUCCUGGGUCUGAUCUGCAGUCACACCCCUCCUCUGCUUGCCGUGAGUUAGUGCUAAGUGAAAUACACUUGCAGCCGUGAAACUGACCCGGAACACAGAGCAGCACAGGGACAGACAGCGCCAGGCUAACUUCAACCAGUGUACCGGAAUAUCUGGAAAGGAAAUCUGGCCGAGUCUAUUAAACUCUGCACCUGCCGUCCCAGGAAUCAGUCUGGUGAACCUUUGUCACAUUCUCUCUCUGGCAAGCAUAUCCUUUCUUGUGUAAGGACACUAAAACAGCAGACAGUACUUCAGAAGUGGUUUCCCCAAAGGUCCUGUAUAAUCGCGGUCACAGAAGAUAGCAAUGCUUGAAUUUGCCUCCCGUCGAUCGCCUGUUGUCUGCACUGGAGGUUGCACUGCCAGCAGCCAACCACUAGCGACAGGUGCAGGGCUUGAUAUACUGAAGAAAGGUGGGAAUGCUGCCGACGCAGCUGUUGCCAUAGCAGCAGUCCUGAGUCUUACCGAACCGUUCAGCACUGGCAUUGGGGGGGACUGCAAUUGCCUGUUCUAUGAUACUAAAACCCAGAGCGUCUUUGGACUAAAUGGAAGUGGCAGGUGUCCACAAGCAUUGACCCUUGACCUGCUAAACUCGGAAGGUUUUGAUGAGAAGAACCCUUUACCAUCAGUCCAUGCCAAUCUUGUCACUGUGCCUGGUGCUGCUGCUGGCUGGUGUGACACCGUCUCUCUCUUUGGAAGUAAGAAGCUCUCUCUGGCUGAGAUCCUGCAACCGGCCAUCAACUUGGCAGAAAGAGGCUUCCCCGUCACUGAAAUUACAGCGUUUCACUGGGAGAGGGGGGCAAGCAUCCUGCAGAGCCCUGGAAACCCUCACGGAAAAGACCUCCUGAUCGAAGGUAGAAGUCCAAAAAGUGGGCAGAUAUUCAAGAACCCCCUUUUAGCUCAGACCUUUAAGGAAUUAGCACAGUUUGGCAAAAAAGGGUUCUAUGAGGGAAGAAUAGCCAGGGCCAUUGUGGACAUCAUUAAGAAGAAUGGGGGAGUUCUGAGUCUAGACGACCUGAAGGAGCACAUCAGUACAGAAGUUACACCAACCUUCACCGAUUAUAAGGGUGUGAGGAUCUGGGAGCUUCCUCCAAAUGGACAGGGAAUCAUUGCUCUAAUGGCCUUGAAUAUGCUGGAGAGAUAUAACAUCAAAGAAUUGGGCCACAACAGUGCCGAUUACAUUCACCUGCUGGUGGAGGCUUUCAAACUCAGUUUAGCUGACGGUUCCUGGUUCUGUGCUGAUCCGACUAAGGUCCAAGUGCCCUUGAAUGAGCUGCUCUCCAAGCAGUACUGCCAGCAACGCUCUCAGCUCAUCAGCCUGCAGAGGGCAAGCAGUCAGUGUCUCCAUGGCAACCCUUGCGAGGCUAGUGGUGACACGGUUUACUUCACAGUGGUGGACGAGGAAGGAAAUGCCUGCUCUUUCAUCAAUAGCAACUGCCUGACCUUUGGCACUGGACUUGUACCAGAGGGCUGUGGAUUUACAUUGCACAACAGAGGCUUCCAAUUUUCACUCGGGGCUGAACAUCCAAAUAGCCUGGCACCGGGAAAGCGACCCUGCCACAGCAUCAUCCCUGCGCUGGCCACAUCUUCUGCGACUGGACAACUUCUGUGCAGCUUUGGAGUGAUGGGUGGUAUCAUGCAACCUCAAGGCCAAGUUCAGGUGUUGCUCAACAUGAUGGAAUUUGGGAUGAAUCCACAAGAAGCUCUUGAUGCUCCUAGAUUUCGUGUGGAAUAUGAGAAGCCAGAUGGGGCUUGGAAGCUCUCGCUGGAGGAGGGGAUUUCCCAGCUUGCUGCACAGGACCUGAUAACAAGAGGGCACAGCGUCAGCUGGCCUGUCAGUGGGCACGACAGGAGUCUCUUUGGGCGCGGCCAGAUUAUCGCCAAGGGAAUGUGGUGGAAGUUAUGGCCUGUUCUUACCGGUGAGGAUAAUCCAGGAGUAUUAUGGGCUGGAUCUGACCCACGGGCUGAUGGGUGUGCAUUUGGAUACUAGUGAAUAUGACAGGUCAAUAGAUUUUAUUGAGAAAUUAAGAGAAAUCAAGGAUUGAGGGUUGGUAAAGUAAGUGGCACUGAGGUAAAAGAUCAGCCAUUGUCUUACUGAGCAGGCAUGACGGGCCAAAUGGCCAACUCUUAUUUCUUAUGUUCUCCAAAUCAAAGAGUCAUACAACAUGGAAACAGGCCCUUCAGCCCGUUGUGUCUCUGCCAGCCAUCAACUACCUAUCUACACUGAUUAUACUGAUUCCAUUUCCCAGCACCCAGCCCCUGGUUUGCUAUGCUAUGGCAUUGCAAGUCUUUGUCUAAAUACUGUAUCUAUUAAAUGGGACUGUACCUGGUCCACCACAGCCACUAACAUUGUGCUUCAGAUUGCAACCACCCUCUGGGUGAAAAAUUCUUCCUCAAAUCCCUUCCAAACCUUUUACCACUUACCUUCAACUUGUGCCCUCUGGUAAUAGACAUCUCUGCUAUGGGGAAAAGUUUCUCACUAACUAUUCUAAUUACGUCUUUUGUCACUUUGUAAACCUCAAACAAGUGCCGCCUCAGCCUUCACCGCUCCAAAGGAAACAAACCCAGCCGACCCAAUCUCUCCUCAUAGCUGAAAUACUCCUUUCCAUUACGUUAUUAUGAUGGAGGAAGGUGGAACUUGCUCUGUAUUGUUUGCCUAACAAGUCUCAAGUUUCUCUCAUUGAAUUGUUUUUACAUGCUACUUCAUGUCCUUGGUUCUGAGUAACAUGAAGAUAAGCUCCAGGUAGAUAGAGAGUAAUACUGAUAAAGCACUUCCUUUGUUUCAUUGAACGUAUAUCAGAGAGUGAAUUCCAGUGUAAGUUGGGGAAGCACAUUUUUGUGAGAACAACAGCAGGUUCUCUGUGAAUCUUUCUAACUAGAAUUGCUCCUUCAAGUCUGACAGCCUAGAACAGGGUUUUAAUUGCAAGAAUACUUGAGAAGAUUAGCUCCAGUAAUGGGCCUUCCACGCCAAUCAAAAGCUGAGGCAGACAGAGAGGAGUUUCUUUUUUCAGGAGAGGUUUCUUAAGAACUGGUGCUUGGGUAAUAGCAGCUUUGGUUUGAAAAGUCUGUGGACAAGGUCCAUGGAUGCUGAAGAGUUGAUGGGACUGAGCUGAGAGUUCUCAUCUUUUCCAGUCACAAGCAGCGAUGAUAUUCUUGAUUCUCCCCCACUUCCUAUUAGAAAAUGGUUUUAUAAUGAGGAUGAUAAUGAGAACUACAGUCUCCACCAUCACUAAGACCUAAAUCAGAAAGUAAUAUCUAGAGCUGACCCACGUACAGCUAAUUGCAGAAGCCUGGAAUUUGCAAUCUUUGUUUCUCUACUGGUCAAUGGGUUGUUUUGUAUCAGAGAUUUACAGAUAGACUCACUAUUGCAGUGUGAAGUUGGGGUCCUAACCCAGUGGAUAUGCAUGCAACACAGCAGGCAAUGUUAACCUGAGGUAUUCAGAUGUAACUGAAUUGUUAACAGCCUAAUUAAUGGUAGUUUACU